CGGGCGGUGUGAUUGGUCGUCUUCGGCUGUUUCGAAGCGGUUUUAACGGUUUAAAACUCGAACCGAAAUAGAACUGCUUUUAACGAGUGAAAGUGCCAAGAGUAUGAAAUGCACGUGCAAAGUGAUUAAGUAAACAAACGCUUUACAUGGAUCUUUUAUGCUGUGGUAUUCUGUGAACAGUGAAAACAAAAAGAUCAAUAGACACCACGAUUUCAACAAAUUUCCCGCCCAAAAGUGAUAGUGUUGUGAAUCUAGUGUAUAUUAAACGAAUGCGAAAAAGAUAUAGCUGAUAGUGUAUCGCCACCUUUACAAAUGAAGCGACGCAGAGAGGACGACGUCUCAACUCUGAGAGUAACACAGUGUGACACAGUGCAGUAAGCCACGCACAAUGUUGCCGGUUAUCGUGGUACUGUUCUUAGGAUACGUCAGCUAUGGAUCGUCGCUACAACUGCCGGGGAUCAUGCACGUGGAUCGCAACUGGUUCGUGACGUCACGCGACCCGGUUGGCACUGUGGUGACGCGCGUGCAGCCGGAGAGUGCGGGUGGCGCGCGGGUGCGCUAUGGUCUAGAGACCAGCGGGCCUCCUGCGCCCUUUACAAUUGACUCUGAGACAGGCAUCGUCACUGUCAACGAUACUCUCAUUGAUAAGGAAAAUCAAUCCUAUUCAUUAUGGGUAACAGCUGAUGAUGGAUCUAUUCCCCAAAGACUAGAAGUUCUCGCGAUGGUAACCGACAGAUCAGGUCAGAGACCGAAGCUACCUCGCCCACCAUUCGACCUACCGAACUACCCAAACAUACCCGACCUAUCGAGUCUGCAUCAGCUAACUAAGUUCACUAGAACAACUCAAAGAACAACCAAAGCAACGAGUGAAUCAAAUGAAGAGAUAACAGUACCUGAAACGACACCUUUUACUACCAAAAAACCUGAUGAUAAAAUAGAAAAAACUACAGACAAAGUAGAAAAACUAGGACAAGAAGAAAAUAAAAACAACACUAAAAUACAAGAGACGCCUAUCGGAAGUGAUGUAUCACUAACAAUUAUACCACUUAUUGCGAUUGGUGGUUUGGUUGUCAUUGUGGCUGCCGUCAUUAUAUUCGUCUGCAAAAAGAACGGUUCUAAAGGAUCUAAGAGUAAAAAGGACGACAUGAGCAAAGACUCGAGUGGCAUCGUGCUACAAGACGCGUCAAUCAACAUGUGGGAUCGACCGCGCGCUUACUCUAACAGAUACGAGUCCUGGGAUAACGGCCAUUUACAGCUCUCUGAGGAAACGACGAUUAGCAAAGAAGAUCCGCCCGACGAAUGGGAGUUUCCGAGACAUCGACUAAAAAUAUUUAAUAUAUUAGGAGAAGGUGCUUUCGGACAAGUCUGGCGAGCACAAGCAAUCGAUAUUGAUGGACAAAAAGGAGAACAAACCGUAGCCGUGAAAACACUCAAAGAAAACGCUUCAGAAAAGGAGAAAAGUGAUUUGCUGCAAGAGCUUAUUGUGAUGAAGAAUUUAGGCACACAUCCUAACGUGGUGCGGCUGAUUGGGUGCUGCACUGAGAAGGAGCCAACGCUGGUAAUAAUGGAGUACGUAAGCCUGGGCAAGCUGCAGCAGUUCCUUCGAGAGUCGCGCGCCGGCCGACACUACGGCAACACGCACGCCGGCAGUCUCUUUCUCACUUCACGCGAUCUCACGCAUUUCGCGUUCCAGGUCGCACGCGGCAUGGACUUCCUCAGCUGCAAAGGGAUAAUCCACCGAGACUUGGCGGCACGGAAUGUCCUUAUCACUGAGGAGAGGACGUGCAAGGUCGCUGACUUUGGUCUAGCGCGGGACGUCGCCGGUACCCAUGUGUAUGAGAGGAAGAGCGACGGCCGGUUGCCUAUCAGAUGGAUGGCGCCGGAGUCCCUAUACGAUGAUAUAUUCAGCGUGAAAUCAGAUAUCUGGAGUUUCGGGGUGCUGCUCUGGGAGAUAGUGACGCUCGGCUCCACGCCUUACCCCGGCCUAUCAGCGGGCGACGUCAUGCGAAAGGUCCGUGACGGACAUCGUCUGGAGAAACCUGAGCAUUGUCGUCGUGAGCUCUACAAUAUAAUGUACUACUGCUGGGAAGCAGAGCCCACCUCGAGACCUGACUUCAAAGAAGUAGUUGCCAUGUUGGAACGAUUGCUUUGUACUGAAAUGGACUAUAUCGAACUGGAAAGGUUCCCGGACCAUUCGUAUUAUAAUGUACAGAAUUUAGAAGGCGAGAAAGUGUGAUGUGCAAUUUAAUUAUGGCUAGAAUUAAAAUCAUAGUUGGUAUUUAUUUAAUGAAUCGUA